AUGAGUUAGGUGUUGAGUAAGUUGGACAUGAAGCUAUACAUUAAGUUCUAUCCAAGCUCAAAUAAGGAUAAGACCCACCACAAAUGCAUUGUUAUCCAUAGCUAGUAGGAUUUUAAGAAUUUGCAAAAAUCUAAGGACAAUUUGAAAUACACUAUUAAUUAUAAGAGUCUAUAUGUUUAUAACUCGUUAUGCAUUAGGCUACACAACUCAUACCAUCUGGCCCUACAAAAGAUUUUGGAUCAGAACACAUGCAAGUUAGUCCUUAAAGAGGAGGGUUUUGAGAUCCAGAAAUAGAGCUGCAGUCGUCUACACAUACUUUUUUGUUAAAUGAUAAAUAAUUUGGACAUGUUGAAAGACAUUAAGUCCCAUCAAAAGAAACAUAUUAAGAGCAAAUACAAGAUAAUCCAUAAGAUGUAGGAUUAGAUGAUCCAGUUAUUGUGA